GACGCUGAUUGUGAAAAUCAACGACCUGCUAGCAAUUCACGGAUAACAUAAUCGUUUUUGUUUUUGAGUUAAGUUUAGGCUGCUUUUUCUCACUAUAUUUACACUGGAGGAGACGCGAGCUUUGUGUUAAUUUCUACCGAACACAAUGACCAACUACAGAGCCUUUCAUACACAACUGUCGUCCAUCAUGGAGGCAUUGACCAAAGCGGCUGUUGCAGAUAUUUGCGAGCUAGUAGAUGACAGUUAUGCUGUUUUACAAUUGGAAAUAUCUCGAAGCUACAAAGAGAAUGAGGCAUUGAGAAGGAAACUCGAGUUGAUCGAGACUAUCAUUGCGCUUAGGCAGAGAGGGAAUAUUGCUGAAGCAAACCACCAAAAUAACAAUGCAUUGAUGUGUGAUUCCAUCAAUGCUGAACAUUCCUCUUCAUCUGGAAGGGUUGUUGGUACCAAGCAAUCAAAUGAACAUCUAAGAAGAGAUGGAAAGAUCACAGCUGUUCUGGAAGCCACAGAACAGUCUGAAAUUAAAGAGGGGGUUUCGCAGUUACCUGACGAGGAGGAGAGCAGACCUGACAUAGUCUUGAUCAAGGAGGAGAAGCAGGGCGUGGACUUGGAUAGUAGUAAUGACACACAGGAUGUACUGCUAUUCAGUGAGGAGGGUACUGAGGUGUCAACUGUCAAAGUGAAUUACAGUGAAGAAGGGCCAUCCAGAAUGACCUACUCCACCAUGACGACAAGGCAGGGGGAAUGGAACAGAAGUGGAGAGGAUAGCGGCCACCAAUCCGAGCAGGGGAACGAGAGCUCUCAAAGGACCCGCCAGUGCUCACGCACUAAAUUCACAGCUGGAAGACGGAACCCCCUGAGCCUUGACUACACGCUGCAUAAGACACCCAGCGAGCCUGGUUCCUCCAGUCCACUGGGGGGCGAUGAUGAAAUGGAGACAGUGGAACCCGUUUAUGAUAAUCCUUCCGAAACAGAUGCCGACGUCCCCUCUACUCACUUGACACAGAAACAGUUUCCCUUUGCACCAGACAGUAGUCCGAAUACUUUCACGGGGAAUUUCGAAAUGAAAAGAGGAGUUUCCAUGGUCAGCUCUCUACCGUACAAUGUGGAACUGGAUAUGUGUUCUUCCUGGAGCAACCAGAGCAUGCCGGGAAUGGUUUCCAUGCAGGACGGGCAAUACCUGAAACCGGACCUCAGGGAAUUGGUGCUCGACAAGGUUGCAGACUUGAGCUCUGUCCACUAUCAAAUGACUGCUGCCGGACUUCACGCCGCAGCCAAGUACGACAGCAGGGAAAACAAACAUUUUAUUUGCACCUUCUGCAGCAAGGGUUUCACAUCGUCGCGAAGUCUGGUGACACACCUACGGGUUCACACGGGAGAGAGACCGUACAGCUGCGCCCAGUGUGGGAAGAGGUUCACCCAGUCUGGCCAUCUGAAAACGCACCAGAGCGUACACACCGGAGAGCGGCCGUUUGCAUGCGAGCACUGUGGUAAAAGAUUUGCAGGGAAACAAAAUUUGAGGUUACACCAACAGAAACACCACCCUAAUCUGUGAGGUAUACGGCUAGUUGAGGUCCAUGAACAUGGUUAACAUUUUUAGAAGCAUUAGACCAGAACCUUGAUACUGUUUGAUGUCUACGUUUGAACAUUGUUCAUGAAGAAUAGGCUAUUUUGUAUUUCACACUGAUGAUUUGUUUCCAUUGAUGAACUCUGAAUGAUGGAGGUGAGAAACAUGGACUAACAUUGCGAUGCUGAUUUUAACUUUUGUUCAAUUGCCUUUGAAGUGGUACAAUUGAGAAUAUUUAACCUAAUGAAACAAAGCUAUUUGAAGACACAUAAUUACCUAUAGAGUGAGCAUUUUGAAAAAGGAACAGUCAUUCCAUAUAAGGUGUUACUAUAAUGGUCCCACUUUAAACGAACCACAACUUAUAAAGGCUUUAUAUAGCAUACAUAACGUCCUCAUAAGCACUAGAGUGCAAUGCCAAAUGUGACAUAUCUCUCUGUCAAUUCUCAAAAAAGCUGUGCUUUAUAAAGGGUCAUAAUUAUACAUAAAAGUACAACGUUAUUAGUGUGGUUGCUGAAGAAAACUCAUGUCAGGCCAGAACUGAAACUGUCUUGAGAAAAUAUGUUCUCCCAGUAAACUCCCCUGUUAUAAUAAAGACAGCAGGAAAGUUUUUAUGUACUAAUUUAUCUAUUACCUGUUUACUGAGACCAUGUGUUAUUGGCUCAGCUUACCCAUACAUGCUGUAGGCCUGACAUGACAUUUACACCUCCAUGGACAGAACAUGCUCUAGGCUAGGUACCAUAAAUCAUUAUGUCAAUCCCAAGGGGAAAAAACCUUACAAAGGGUUACAUAGUGUAAUGCUGAUGGUGACAUUACACAUGACAUUGGUUGUCUUGAGGAAAGCCCCCAAGUAGGGCAAGUAAUGUCAAGUAUAAUGUCACCAUUUAUGGGUCUUUCUGUCAAAAAAGUAGGCCAUUACCAUUUUAAUAAAUAAAAAAAUGUUGGCCUUUCCAAUGAAUUGAUAUUGAAAUUAUUAUGUUCUGAAAUAUGUGAGAAUAAUGUGGACAUUGCCUGACUAAAUAGAUUGGAUGCAUGGAGAUUUUUCUGUAGCCAUUGUGGCCGACGCAGGGACACGUAAUAAAGCCAUGAAUAAA